AAUAACUGCUGACUUUACAGGAAAACUUGCACAGUUUCAACAUGUUUACUUCUACAGAAUAACUGCUGACUUUACAGGAAAACUUGCACAUUUUCAACAUGUUUACUUCUAUAGAAUAACUGCUGACUUUACAGAAGAACUUGCACAGUUUCAACAUGUUUACUUCUACAGAAUAACUGCUGAUUUUACAGAAGAACUUGCACAGUUUCAACAUGUUUACUUCUACAGAAUAACUGCUGACUUUACAGGAAAACUUGCACACUGUAAAGUCAGCAGUUAUUCUGUAGAAGGUCUGAUCAAAGCAAGGAGUAUUCUCAGAGAUAAUUUUGGCUCCAUUUUCAUGAACAUUGGAGAUCCUGUGUCUGUUCGAGAAUUUUGUGGAAAACAAAUUGACCGAAGUUUACACAGUUUACAGCCUAGGUUCAAGUUUUCACUGACACCCAUGGAGCAGCAGGUAACCAUGGAUCUAGCAGUAAAUAUUAUCAGAACUCACCAAAGAAACCUAGUUUUGUCACAUUUUCCAUUGGUGUGUUUGGUGAUGGGUGAUCAUCUGAGAGAAGAGCACUGUGGUGCUGCUCUGGAGAGUGUGAUAGCACGAGUAGCAUGGCUGGAAGAGUUAGUUAACCAAACAGGAGCUUGCAUAGCAAGUCAAGAUGGUGUUACAAGAUGGGAUGAAGUCCAGCAACAGAUUCAUGUUCACUCCAAUCUGUUUACUGUUACAUCAGACAUGAAAGUAGAACUUACCCAUUCAGAGUCAGAAUCCACCCAUGCAUCUGAUACUAUUCAUUCAUUAAAACUAUCAAACAAAGUUAUUAAAGAAGCUUUACCGUAUCUAGCUAUUUAUCAUUAUGGAAACCAGGCUAUACAGCUUCUGGUUCAUUAUGCCAUGGUGGCCUUGAUUAUUGUUACAACUCGCACAUCAAGCUUAUCUCUAGAAUCUUUAUUUAGCCGAUAUCAAGGACUCCAGAAGAUCUUACAGAGAGAAUUUGUGUUUGAAAGUAAGAAGAGUUUAGAGGACAUGCUUAGUGCUUUGGAGGUCCUUCAGAAUCAAGAGAUUCUGUGCUACGAAGAAAGCAGAGUGUCUUUAGAUAAAACACCAGAUAAUUUACAGUGGAAAGUAAAUUUGUUGGCAUCACUUUUGUCUCCAUUUCUUGAAGGUUAUAAG